AUGGUAUCCAAGGCUGUUCUCAUCUGCACCUUCGCCUGCAUGUUCCAGGCUAUCAGCGGCCAGAGCUGCUACAGAGCUUUUGGUUCCUCUAGCGACUGCAGGUCCAUCGUGAUUUCCAACAACGGCGGUGACCUGCUCAUCACCGCUCUCGGCCCCAUCUCGCCGUCCGGCAUCGCCGUCGCCACCGAGCUGGGUCUGUCCGGCAACUUGGACCUGUCCGGUACGCUCCCGUACCUGAGCGCGGUGGAGUUCCAGGGUCAGUUCGACACCAACGGCGUGACUCCUGUGUCGUACGGCUGCGGGGACUGCGUCGCCAUCACACAGGAGCUCGGCAACCCGACCGGCGUCAACGCUAACAUCAACUCUGGCAACAAAAUCGUCAGCGUCUGCGGUUGUGGCAGAAACUGAGAUUUACACAU